CGCCCUCACCCAGCGCCCAGGUAGCUGCGAGGAAACUUUUGCAGCGGCUGGGUAGCAGCUCAUCUCUUGCUCUGCAGGGCCACUGCCAGACUUGCUGAGUCCCGGGACCGCUCCAGCUCUUCUUGCCACUCUCUCGUGCUCUCCUCUCUCCCCCCGAGAAGCAGGAUGGCCGGGACCGUGCUCACCGCGUGCUUGCUGGUGGCGAUGCUGCUCGGCAUGGGGUGCCUGGGACAGGCGCAACCCCCGCCACCUCCAGACGCCACCUGUCACCAGGUCCGCUCUUUCUUCCAGAGACUGCAGCCCGGACUCAAAUGGGUUCCGGAAACCCCUGUGCCAGGAUCAGAUUUGCAAGUGUGUCUCCCCAAGGGCCCAACAUGCUGCUCAAGAAAAAUGGAAGAAAAAUACCAACUAACAGCACGGCUGAACAUGGAACAACUGCUCCAGUCUGCUAGUAUGGAGCUCAAGUUCUUAAUUAUUCAGAAUGCUGCGAUUUUCCAAGAGGCCUUUGAAAUUGUUGUUCGCCAUGCCAAGAACUACACCAACGCCAUGUUUAAGAAUAACUACCCCAGCCUGACUCCACAAGCUUUUGAAUUUGUCAGUGAAUUUUUCACAGAUGUGUCUCUCUACAUCUUGGGUUCUGAUAUCAACAUGGACGAUAUGGUCAAUGAAUUGUUCGACAGCCUCUUUCCAGUCAUUUAUACCCAGAUGAUGAACCCAGGCCUGCCUGAGUCAGUAUUAGACAUCAACGAGUGUCUCCGAGGAGCAAGACGUGACCUGAAAGUUUUUGGCAGUUUCCCCAAGCUUAUUAUGACCCAGGUUUCCAAGUCACUGCAAGUCACUAGAAUCUUCCUUCAAGCCCUGAAUCUAGGAAUUGAAGUCAUCAACACUACCGAUCACCUCAAGUUUAGCAAGGACUGUGGCCGUAUGCUCACCAGAAUGUGGUACUGCUCUUACUGCCAGGGACUGAUGAUGGUUAAGCCUUGUGGUGGUUAUUGCAAUGUGGUCAUGCAAGGCUGUAUGGCAGGUGUGGUGGAGAUUGACAAGUACUGGAGAGAAUACAUUCUGUCUCUUGAAGAACUCGUAAAUGGCAUGUACAGAAUUUACGACAUGGAGAAUGUGCUGCUCGGACUCUUCUCUACCAUCCAUGAUGCCAUCCAGUAUGUGCAGAAGAACGGAGGCAAGCUGACCACCACUAUUGGCAAAUUGUGUGCCCACUCCCAGCAACGCCAAUAUAGAUCUGCUUAUUAUCCUGAAGAUCUGUUUAUUGACAAGAAGGUAUUAAAAGUUGCUCAUGUAGAACAUGAAGAAACCUUAUCCAGCCGAAGAAGGGAACUGAUUCAGAAGCUGAAGUCUUUCAUCAGCUUCUACAGUGCUUUGCCUGACUACAUCUGCAGCCAUAGCCCCGUGGCCGAAAAUGAUACCCUGUGCUGGAACGGACAAGAACUUGUGGAGAGAUACAGCCAGAAGGCAGCAAGGAAUGGGAUGAAGAAUCAGUUUAACCUCCAUGAACUGAAAAUGAAGGGCCCUGAACCGGUGGUUAGUCAGAUCAUUGACAAACUGAAGCACAUUAACCAGAAAAGUGUCUUUAUAGAAUUAGAAGUGAAACUAUUUGUAGGAAUGCAGGAGACUAAUGACGUGAGGGUGGUCAGGAAAGGGGAAGAACUGUCAUAUGAUGUGGAUGUGGACGAGGCUCCAGGGAACAAGCAACAUGUGAAUGAGAAGGACAACGAGAUCACCACCUCUCACAGCGUGGGGAACAUGCCAUCCCCCCCAAAAAUCCUGAUCAGUGUGGCCAUCUAUAUGGCAUGCUUCUUUUUCCUGGGGCACUGACUCGCCAGUACCCAGGUGCCUGUGCUGCCCUGCAGCACCCUGUGGUCCUCCUACAUAAAGGAAGCCACCUUCUUCCUUUUUUUUUUCCUAUUUUUUUUCCUAUGCCUCCUCCCGCCAUUAAGUAGGAGACUAACCGCGUGUUAUGUUUUCGAAAAUCAAAUGGCAUCCUUACGAGGAAGGUAAAUUUUAGUGGUAGAAUAGUUUUUUGUUUUUUGAUUUUUUGAAAAGAAAAAAAAAAACCUUCAAGUUGUGCCAAAUUAUUUUCUUACAUUUGACUGCUAUAACAUGGUUGUCAUGUUUCCCUCUUUUCUCUUUUUCUGCAUGGAUUUCUUUGAAAAAAAUAA